AUGAUGGAACUUGAAAGAGCUGAUAACAUUGACAAUAUAUUAAAUGAUCAUUUUGAUUACAUAAAAACGAAGAUGUCCGAGUUCCAAGAACGGGAUUCCGGUUGGGCCCUGUUAAAGGUUUUCAGUUUGAAAAUCAACAUUAACAAGCAUUCACCCAUAAGAGGUUCCCAAUAUAUACCCACACCUAAAGAACUAAAAAAUAAAAGAGCCUGUAUCAAUAUUUAUAAUGGAGACAUUUACUGUUUCAAAUGGUGUUUGAUAGCGGCAUUGGAAACUUCACAACCAUUAAAUCCAUCAAAAUGUUCUUCAUACGCCAUAGAUAAUAUUAAUUCAUCUAUUAUUACGUUGCAAAAUGGUUUAACACUAAACUUUGAAGGAAUAGAAUUUCCGAUGGAACUAAAGUAUAUAAAAUUGUUUGAAGAAAAAAAUCCCAACAUUAGUGUAAACGUUUUUGGUUAUGAGUAUUCUUCAAAAUCAGUCGUUGGACCUUAUUAUAUUACGAAACAAGAAAAGGACAAACAUGUUAACUUGCUGCUAUUAGAAAACGAUGGAAAAUCUCACUACAUUCUAAUCAAAUCUUUAUCUAGGUUGGUAAAUAAUCAGUUAACGAAUUGCAGAAGGCGUUUACACAUUUGCAAUCAGUGUUUAUAUUACACCAGCAAAUAUGAUUUUAUGGAGCGUCAUCGGGAUUUGUGUAGUAAAGUUAUUGCAAAAAUGCCCGAAGAAGGUAAAUCAACGUUGUCAUUUAAGAACUUUCAUAAACAAAUGAAUGUUCCAUUUGUUAUAUAUGCUGAUUUUGAGUGUGUUUUAAAAAAGGUAGACAAUUUAGAUAUGGUUAUUAAUAAGCAUUUACCUUGUGCCUUUAGUUUUAAUGUAAAAUGUAAUUUUGAUAGUAACUUAGAUGAAUUAUUUAUAUAUACAGGUAGGGAUGCAGCAGAAAAAUUUGUUGAAAUGUUAAAUUCUAAGUGUAGGGAAAUUUUUAAUACGUAUUUGAGUGUUAAAAAACCAAUGACGCCAUUAACGCCAUCUCAAAUUUUAGAAUUUGAAAAUGCAAAAAUUUGUCAUAUUUGCGACAAAGAAUUGGGUAGUGAUAAGGUUCAUGAUCAUUGUCAUAUAACGGGUCGGUAUAGGGGAGCUGCACACAAAGAGUGCAAUAUAAAUUAUACAGUUCCAACAUUCAUUCCAAUUUUAUUCCACAAUUUUUCUGGAUACGAUUGCCAUCUUUUUAUAAAAGAACUAAUUAAAUACAUCCCUAGUAAGAAAACUAAUAUAAUUCCACAAAAUAAAGAAUUAUAUAUUUCAGUAUCACAUGUUGUUGAUAUGGGUAAUGGUAGGGAACUUGAAUACAGGUUUUUAGAUUCUUUCAGAUUCAUGGCGGCAAGUUUAGAAACCUUAGCCAACAAUUUGGAAGAUGCGGAUUUGAAAUCAGUUAGAGCACAUUUCCCCAUUGAUAAUCAAUUCAAUUUAAUGAGGCGGAAAGGAAUAUUUUGCUAUGAAUAUUUAGACAGUUUUGAUAAACUAAAUGAUACAAUUCUUCCACCCAUUGAAAAAUUUUAUAGUAAUUUAUAUAAUACCAGUUGUAGUAUAGAUGAUUAUGAGCAUGCAAAACGUGUGUGGGAGACAUUUAAUUGUCAGUCAUUAAAAGACUAUAUGGAGCUAUAUUUGAAGACAGAUGUGCUCCUAUUAACAGAUGUAUUUGAAAAUUUUAGAAAAUCUUGUAAAAGGGUUCAUAAACUUGAUCCAUGUCAGUACUAUACUGCACCAGGAUUGUCUUUUGAUGCGAUGCUGCGUUUUACAAAAAUAACACUUGAUCUUCUAAGAGAUUUGAACAUGUUCAAUGUUAUUAAAAAAGGUAUCAGGGGAGGAUUAGUUCAAUGUACCAAAAGAUUAGCUAAAGCAAAUAACAAGUAUAUGAAGGACUAUGAUAAAAAUUCACCAUCACACUAUUUAUUAUAUUUAGAUGCCAAUAAUUUGUAUGGUUGGGCAAUGAAACAGUAUCUUCCAGAAGGAGAUUUUAAAUGGUUGCAACCUGAAGAGGCAAUAACAGAUGUUGAAGAAAUUCUUAAAUUCAUGCAUAAUUCUACCAUUGGAUACAUAUACGUAGUAGACCUUGAGUAUCCGGAAGAAUUGCAUGAUCUACACAAUGAUUUACCCUUUUGUGCAGAAAAUAAAAAGGUUGGGGAUUCAAAAUAUGAGAAGCUUAUUGCUGAUUUUAGCCCAAAGAAAAACUAUGCAAUACAUUACAUGGUUUUAAAACAGUGUUUGGAAAAUGGGCUAAAAUUGGCAAAAGUUCAUUUUGUAAUUUCAUUUCGACAAUCGCCAUGGUUAGCACCAUAUAUAGAUAAAAAUACAUCUGAACGACAAAAGGCAUCUAAUUCAUUUCUUAAAGAUUUAUAUAAACUGUAUAAUAAUUCUGUUUUUGGGAAAACCAUGGAAAAUGUCGAUAAACGGAAGAACAUUAAAUUAAUCAUUGGGAUUAUAGAGAUAGACGUAGAAUAGGUGCUCAAAAACUGAUAUCAAAACCAAAUUUUCAUAGUGCAACUCAAUUUGAUGAUGAAUUAUGGGCAAUUCAAAUGAAUAAAACAAACGUCACAUAUAAUAAACCUAUUUAUUUAGGUUUUUGUAUUUUAGAACUUUCAAAAUAUAGAAUGUAUGAUUUCUUUUACGGAUACAUUAAAAAAAAAUAUGGCAAUCGUGCUACUCUUUGCUAUACAGAUACAGAUUCAUUUAUUUUAGAUAUAGAAACGGACGAUGUGUACGAAGAUAUAAAAUCUGAUAUUGAUUUACAAUUUGAUACGUCCGAUUAUCCAGAAGAUAACAUAUAUAAAAUUCCGAGAAAAAAUAAGAAAAUAAUUGGAAUGAUGAAGGAUGAGAACUGUGGGAAAAUUAUGACUAUGUUUAUUGGAUUAGGACCCAAAAUGUAUUCCUUCCAGGUAGAAGAUGGCGAAGAAAUUAAGAAAGCAAAGGGCGUUAAAAAGUGUGUUAUUUCAAAAUACUCUAUAAAUGACUAUAAAGAAUGUUUACUAAAUGAAAAAAUAAGUAGGGAUGUUAUGAUUAAUUUUAGAUCUAAGAUGCAUCAAGUAUAUACAAAUAAAAUGUCUAAGAUAGUUUUAAGUUGUAAAGACACUAAAAGAAAAAUCAAAGCUGAUAAAAUACAUACUUAUGCGUGGGGGCAUAAGAAUAUUGAAAAUGAAUAUUUGAAUAGUAUAAACUUUGAUUUUUCUAUACCAUUGGAUAUGGAAUUAGAUUUAUCUAGUAGUAGUAUUAAUGAUGAUGAGCUAGAUAGGUACUUAAAUAUUGAUGAAGACUAUUUGAAUAAUAUAAACUUUAACUUUUCCAUUCCAAUGGAUUUAGAUUUUCCAUCUA